GUCAGCCAAUCGGAUAUCUCAAACACAAUUAUAUGCCAAGUGUUGCUGGGUAUACAACAUAAAAACAACAGAAUUUAAAACCACAUCAACGGCAGACACGGUCAGUGAUUUUCCUUUGGACACGCAAGAGGUGUCUGCAUAAUUUUUGUUUUAUUCGCACGCAUUUCCGCUGCUCCAAAUCUCAAUUUUUAAACAAUGGCAACUGACUGCGAGGCAUGGCUGAACGCUAACCCCCUUGACGCAGACGAUCUGAGUGACUCUUUCCUAUCGGGAGAAGAGGAGAAUGGCAUUAUCACCAAAAACAUCAAGAACGAAAUAAAUGGGAACUGGAUUUCGGCACCUAACAGUAUCCACGAGGCCCGUCUCAAAGCCAAAGCGAAGAGGAGGCUGAGGAAGACUUCUUCUAGAGACUCUGGGAGAGGGGACUCGUUUAGCGAUAACGGGGACCCCUCCCGGGGUACUAACGGUACCGUACCCCCCACCAGCCCCAAGAGCAAACUGCUGGACAGGAAGUCUCGGGCAGGGAAGGGACGAGGACUUCCAAAGAAAGGUGGAGCGGGGGGCAAAGGGGUGUGGGGCCCACCUGGAGAAGUGUACGACCUGGAGGAGGUCGACGUCAAAGACCCCAACUAUGACGAAGCUCAGGAGAACUGUGUGUAUGAGACGGUGGUUCCUCCGCUGGAGGAGGGGGACUUUGAGAAGACGCUCACUCCCAUCGUGCAGGAGUACUUUGAACACGGCGACACCAAUGAAGUAGCGGAGCUCCUUGGUGAACUCAACCUGGGCUCCAUGUCUAGCGGGGUGCCCAUGCUGGCUGUGAGCCUGGCCCUGGAGGCUAAGGCCAGCCACAGAGAGCUGACGUCCAGGCUGUUGACGGACCUGUGUGGCCGCGUGCUGAGCCGUAGAGACGUGGAGAGCUCAUUUGACAAGUUACUAAGGGAGCUGCCUGACCUGGUGUUGGACACACCUGGAGCCCCUCAGCUCGUCGGCCAAUUCAUUGCCCGGGCUGUCAAAGACAAGAUCCUCUCCAAGAGCUACUUAGACGGCUACAAGGGGAGAGUCGACUGUGUCCAUGCAAGGGCGGCCUUGGACCGGGCGGCGGUGCUGUUGAAGAUGGGUAUGGGCGGCCUGCGCAUCGACAACCUCUGGGGAACAGGUGGGGGUCAGAGACCUGUCACCCAGCUCGUCAGCGAGAUGACCCUGUUGCUGAAGGAGUAUCUUCUGUCUGGAGACAAUAAGGAAGCAGAGAGGUGUCUGAGAGAACUGGAGGUACCUCACUUCCACCAUGAGUUUGUCUAUGAGGCCAUAGUCAUGGUCCUGGAAUCCAAAGGGGAGAAAACGUUCAAAAUGGUUCUGCAGCUGCUGAAGUUUCUGUGGGUGUCCUCCAUCAUCACUGUGGACCAAAUGAGAAGGGGAUACGAAAGAGUUUACAUGGACAUAGCUGAAAUCAACAUCGACGUCCCUCGUGCGUACUUCAUCUUGGAGCAGUUUGUCGACAAGAGUUUCAGUGCUGGCUUCAUCUGUGAAAAGCUGAGGGAUCUUUGUCCUAGUCGGGGCCGGAAGAGAUUUGUGAGCGAGGGGGACGGCGGUCGCUUCAAAUUGGAAAGCUACUAAGAAGCCAUUUUGUGCCAGAGAUGUUCUGCAAAACUGAAGCUACUUUUUACUAUGAUCCAUAUGUUACUUAUCGUUUUCCUUAACAGUGAAAGAAUGUACAUUUAAAAAAAUUAAAAAAAUGCGUGAAGUGGCACUUUGUU